AUGGCCGACCGAUACUCAUUCUCCCUCACCACCUUCUCGCCCUCUGGAAAGCUCGUUCAGAUUGAAUACGCCCUCUCUGCCGUCAACUCUGGAGUCACGUCCAUCGGCAUCAAAGCGACGAACGGAAUUGUGAUUGCGACGGAAAAGAAGGCAGUAUCGACGUUGAUUGACGAUUCGUCGCUGGAAAAGGUCGCCAUUAUCUGCUCCAACAUCGGCAUGGUUUACUCGGGCAUGGGCCCCGACUACCGUGUCCUCGUCAACAAGGCACGGAAGGCCGCCCAGGCAUACAAGAGAGUCUACAUGGAAGAACCACCAACCGCCAUCCUCGUCAAGGAAAUCGCCGGCGUUAUGCAGGAGUUUACACAGUCUGGUGGUGUGCGUCCAUUUGGAGUGUCAUUGUUGAUUGCAGGAUUUGACGAAAAGGGACCUAUGUUGUACCAGGUCGACCCCUCUGGCUCGUACUGGCCCUGGAAGGCGACCGCAAUCGGCAAGAACAUGGUCAACGCAAAGACGUUCUUGGAGAAGCGAUACAACGAGGACAUUGAGCUCGAGGACGCCGUCCACACCGCCAUCUUGACACUCAAGGAAGGAUUCGAGGGCCAGAUGACAGAGAACACCAUCGAGAUCGGUAUCAUUACAGGAGUUGUCUCGACCAAGGACGACGGUGCCGUCGUUCUCCCAGAGUUCAGGAAAUUGUCCCCUAGCGAGGUCAAGGACUACCUUGCCAACAUUGCUUAA